GCUAAUGACCUACACUCUGGAGACUUUGGUCAGCCUAUCAUCACAUGGUGAAGGCAAAGCCUUAAAAAACCUCCAAGCUGCACGCCCGAGACCCCAGUCUUCUCUUGUGUGCAACACACCAGCUGGUCUUUCUCUAUCCUAGAAGGCCUGCGAGGUAACAUCAUGUCCAACACUGAGGAAAUUGUGGAGCCGUACGAAGAAGAGGAGGAGGUGAAUGAGGAGGAAGAAGAAGUUGUAGAUGAGGAGCUGGAGGAUGAUGAAGCAGAGACAAAAGAAAAGCAUGCAGGGGAAAACGAGCAGGAGGAGGACUCCAAAUGGCGGCCCAAGACAACUUAUGUGCCAAACAUUGCUCCUCCAAAGCUCCCUGAUGGUGAGAAGGUGGAUUUCGAUGACUUGCACCGCAAGAGAGUAGAAAAGGAUUUCAACGACCUCCAGACCCUGAUCGAGUCGCAUUUCUCCACCCGCCAGAAAGAGGAGGAAGAGCUGAUCGCGCUGCGUAACCGCAUUGAGCGCCGUCGAUCAGACAGAGCAGAACAACAGCGUGUCCGCACCGAGGAGGAACGGGAACGGCAAACCCGUCUGGCCGGGGAGAGGGCGAGGCGUGAGGAGGAGGCAGCCAAACUGCGCGCCGACGAGGAGGCAAAGAAGAAGAUGAUAUUCACCAACAAGUCCUUUGGUGGCUACCUGCAGAAGGUGGACCAGAAGAAGGGCAAGAAGCUGACAGCACGGGAGGAGAAAAAGAAGGCCCUGAUGGAGCGCCGGAAGCCACUCAACAUCGACCACCUGAACCAGGAGAAGCUUGUGGAGAAGGCGCAGGACCUGUGGCAGUGGCUCCACCAGCUGCAUGCAGAAAAGUUUGAGCUGGCCGAAAAGCUCAAGAGGCAGAAGUACGACAUCUACGUGCUCCGAAACCGAGUCAGCGACCACCAGAGGGGCUCCAAAGCAUCCAAGACCUCCCGCGGGGCCAAGGGCAAGUCUGGUUCCUGGAAGUAAACUAGACUGCCAAGUUGUUUCUGGACUAUUUAUCUCCUUUUUACAACAUGUAUCAUAAAAGCUAUCCAUUGGAUUGUAGGGCUGAAUGAUUUUGGGUGGGGAAAUCUUAAUUGUGAUUUUUCUGCCAGAUAUUACGAUUACGAUUCAAUUCACAAUUAAAAAAAAGGAAGUUAAAAAUUAAAAGUUUAGCUAAAGUUCAAUAUUUACUGGGUAACACAUAAAACAUGUCUUGGAUUAUUAUAAAAUGAGACAUCAUCAAAUCUGCUCUAUAUUCUUAUGCAAUGAUAAGAACAUAGAUAUGAACUGCCAGAAGCAUGGAACAUUAAACAAUCAAACAAAGAACAUGUAUCACAAAGGCAAAAGUUAUAAUAAUAAUAAUAAUAAUAGAAACAAUUCCAAUAAACAUGUAAGUACUUUUCUGCAAACUAAAAUUUCUGAAAUGCCUCAGUUCAGUAGCAGCAUCUACAUACUGCACCUUCUACCAUCAUGUUUAAUAAAGUAAUACAAAAUAUUGAAAGUGGAUUUGAUGGGGAACUGAAGUACAUGAUGUGAACCAAGCCAUAACAUCUUGAAUGAUAUACAUGGUAUAUAAAUAUCUGAUUGUUCUAACUUUGUCAUACUGGUAUUCAUCUGUUUACAAGCUGGAGAUUUUAUUAAAUCUGAUGGAAUGUGCGGUGGUGUUGAUUUCCCUGCUCCACCAGA